AUUGGAUUUAAUUAUUUGAAAUUGUGAUAUACUAAUCUAUUUCUGCAAAAUUAUUAAGUUUUUCUUGUGAUCAUUAUCUUGAGCAGAAUUAAUUAUUAGAAAUGACGCCCAACAUUCAAACGUUCAUUAAUAGCUUUCAAAAUAGACUGGAACAACCAGUUCGGCAACAUCUUAAAAAUGUCUAUGCUACCCUCAUGAUGACUUGUGCUUCAGCAUCAGUUGGAGUCUAUGUGGACAUGUUCACAAGAUUUCAGGCUGGUUUUCUGUCUGCUAUCCUUGGUGCUGGAUUGAUGCUAAUGCUUAUUGCAACACCAGAUAAUGGCAAAAACACAAAACUUCGACUGGGAUACCUCUUAGGUUUUGGAUUGACAUCAGGAAUGAGCAUGGGUCCACUACUAGAGUAUGUCAGUGUUGUUGAUCCAUCAAUAAUAGUAACAGCUCUUCUUGGCACAACACUAGUCUUUGUAUGCUUCUCUAUAGCUGCUAUGCUAGCAGAACGUGGCAGUUGGCUGUUCCUUGGUGGUACUUUGAUGACUCUACUAGCAUCUAUGUCUCUGAUGACCCUAGUUAACUUGUUCAUGCAGUCACACUUUUUGUACCAAACUCAUCUUUACCUUGGACUCAUGGUCAUGUGUGGUUUUGUACUAUUUGACACCCAACUUAUCAUAGAGAAACGCCGCAUGGGCAGCAAGGACUUUAUCCAACAUGCCCUAGAGUUAUUCAUUGAUUUCAUUGGAAUGUUCAGAAGGCUAGUCAUUAUUUUAACGCAGAAGGAGGAACAAAAUCGUCGCCGCAAGCGUGAUUAAGCAGAACAUGUUCUCAAGUGUUCAUACAAGUAUUUUCUUUAAUAUUUCUGUAAUAUGUAACAUAACAAUUAUUUGAGUUGAAUUAUUUAAAAGCAUAAAUUGGAAGUAUAGGAACAGAUUGAAAUAAAGUUUUAAGGGUU